UCCAAAUUAUUUUUUUUUCUAUGUUUAUUUCUUUCUUUUCUUCACCCGACUUUUCUCUUCUCCUUAUAAUCAAUAUCCAGCCAUUUCGGAGCCCUCUGUUUCCUUUUGCAUCGGCCAGAUUGUAAGCUUGGAGACUGUGCGUAUUGAAGGAAAUGGUGAAGAGGCGACUCAGAGAAAAAACUGCAAGGUUUUAGAGAGCCCUAGGAGUAGAAGCAACAGGUAGGCAACAGCGAAGUAGAAAGCAUGAGGCUCAUUCGAUCAAUCACCGGGCAGCGUAAUUCACUGCUGCGAGAGGUGGGACGGCAUGGGACGGCAAUACUCCAGUGCGGCUUCAAGAGAGGAAUACGCAAGGAGGAACUACACAAGCAAUGUCUCUGAGUAUAACACUGUUAUCGGUUCUCUCACCGCGCAAAGAAGGCAUUUCUUGCUGAGAGAUGUGUAUGAUGAUAUGAUGCUGGAUGGAGUACAGCCAACUAGGGAUACAUUUCAUUCUCUCAUCGUUGGAACCAUGAAAAGCUCUUGCUUGCAGGAUGCUUUCUACUUUUCUGACCAACUGAAAUCCAUGGGUUCGGUCCCUGAUGUUACUUUAUACAACAUUUUAGUUUCAUUGUGUGGGAAAUGCAAGUACUCUGACCAGGCAAUUCGGAUUUUGGAUGAGAUGAAGAAAUAUGAAGUGAAGCCGAUGGUGCAAACCUAUGUGUGUCUACUCAAUGCAUGUGCUGCUGCUGCUGGCCGUAUAGAUCGAGCAUAUGCGAUCAUUUGUGAUAUGACUGCAGCUGGUCUUGGGUUGAACAAGUUCUGCUAUACAGGGCUUAUUGCUGCACUUAAGAAUAAAUCGCCUGUUCCAGAAGAUUUUGCCACUAAAAUCAUUAAGUUCAUUGAGUGGUCAAAAGAGUGGACGUCAGUUGAAGCAUCCAGUGCCUCAGCUGAAAAUCUGAUGAUGGGUGUCAUUUAGGAGGAAUUAUAUAAUCUUCCCACUGCUGAAUAUGUUCAUAGGCGUGGUGGAUUUUUGAAUAGGCAACUAACUGUAUAUCAUGUUGCAUUUCACGCUUGUGCAGACCUGGGAAAUGUAGAGGUACUUCUUUCUUUGUUUAUUUAAUCUCUGUUUAUUAUGUCAGUUGAUGGAAACUCAAAGGAUGAGAAAUAUCCAGAUAUCUUCAUUGUAAUGCAAAUUAUGAGGUGCUAUCUACGUGCAAGGGACAUUGAUAAUGCUCUUAAAACUUUCGAAGACCACAUGAAUGCAAAAAAGCCUGCAGCGCCAGAACUAUAUGUAACACUUAUAGAGGGAGCCAUGAUUGGGCAUACCACCAAGGGAAUGCAACUUGCACAAGAUACACUGGUAAAAAUGAUUGAGAGGGACUUUUUCUUGAGCCCAAAAAUGGGGAGUGACCUUCUCCUUAUAGCUUCUGGCAAAAAGACUGGUGGAUAUACUACUGCUAACUAUAUUUGGGACUUGAUGCAAGCUCGGAAGAUUACUCCUUCACUUCCUGCUGUGGAAGCAUAUUACAAUGGCUUAAAAGGACGCGAGAUUCUAGAAGAUGAUCCAUGGCUCCUACAAGUUUCACGGACUUAUGACAGCCUUCGCACCAGAUUUGGAACAGGACCUGGCCGACCCUAUUAGGUGUCAGUAGGGGUGGGCUCGGUUCGGUUCGGUUCGGUUUUGUGAUCUUUUUUAAACCGAACCGACCGGUUCGGUUUGGGUUGGGUACAAAACCGAACCGAACCGACCGUUACAUUCAACCCAAACCGAACCGAAUCGAAUGAAUAUUUUUUGGUUUGGGUUGGGUUCACGGGUUGGGCUGGGUUGGGCUUUCUGAUGGGCUUCGACCCAAAUUUUUUUAUUUUUGGUUUAGGCCGGCUUGGGCCUUAUGAUGAGCUUCACUUUCAGCCCAAUUUUUUGUAUUUUUGGUUUGGACCAGUUUGAACCUCAUGCAUAUUUCAUGACUAAACCUUCACCUUUGGAUUAUUAUGGGUCGGUUCGGUUUGGGUUGGGUAAAUUUUCUACCCACCCGUAAUCCGAACCGAAAACCACGGGUUCAAUACAUAUGUAACCGAACCGACCCGUUUAACAGUUAAAAACCAACCCAAACCGACCCAAAUAGUUCGGUUCGGGCGGGUUGGUCGGUUUGGAUCGGGUUUUGCCCAGCCCUAGGUGUCAGCUUUGUCUUUUGUUGGCUAUUAAGCGAGGUUUAAUAUUUAGAACUUAGAAUUAAUAAAAAAAAUUGGAAUUAUCAGAGGGAUUUGGUAUGGAUUAGAAUGAUCAAAGUGUACAACUUGCCCCAAGAAAGAAAGAGCUAAAUUUUGUAAUUUUCAUCGACUCAAUAAAAAUAGGUUUGUAUUCAUAAAACACAUGUAUAUUUUUCUCUUACUAAUUCAGAUUUAGUUUUUACUUUUUUUUA